AAGCAGUGGAUUGCUUCUGUCGAAUGAGGGGCCCUGUCUCUGCUGUCCUGUCCUUUUCCUGAAACGCUCGAACCCCAGAGAGGGAACCGAGUCUAACCAGGAAGGGAAAAAGCGCCUGCACCUCCACCCGAAUGGCGGGGCAGGGAUGCUCUCCACUUCCCGCCCGGCCGUUUUUCACCACGAGGAAGGGGUGGAAUGGUGGAAUGGGCGAGUUCCAAAGUUCACAGCAAAACAUGCAAUUUUACCCGAAGUGCCAGGUGAGCGAUGAUGUCAGUCCUUCAGGAACCACAAACGGAGUCCCGCGCGGCUCUGCGGACGCCAUCAUCCUCACUGUUGCUGGUGAUUGGCUCCAACAAGACUUCAACAUCACAGUCACAUGGCGUGUGAACUCCGAAUACCACGAAUCAAUGAAAAGGUGCGGGCGCGUAAUGAAUACAACAAAUUUAACCCAGCCGCACACUCUUCCGAUACUUGACGAGGGCCGCACCCGCCAUGUCCGAUCGACGACGUUGAAUUGCGAGCUAUGCUGUGCAAACUGCCAUUGUUGGCCAGGGUCCUUCCCUCCCAUCUGCUGUUUACCCCUUUCAUCUCAUGAUGAACUCGAGGCGCCCAUCGUCGGUAACCAGGGGCGAGACGACGGAAGGUUCCCUCGAAACGGGAAAUUCCAUGAGCAACUCCCGACCUCGGCCACCCGAACCACGAGGCCGCUGGGAUAUUGUAACUAUUGGGAUAAAAAGUUGUAUACUACACUACAAGUAAGACAUGAGAAUUGCGACACAGUCCUGGUAUGCCACCAACGUCACCCGUUGCAAGCCACAGCACGGUAACUUCCGUGAUCUACUUGUACAUGUAAUCUGUACCCGCAACAGCAUCCGGCCUGCUCGUCAACACGUCAACCUCAGAUAUGCAAAUCCAGGGGGCUCGUCUAAUGGCCAACCCGUAACACCCACAGAUUACUUCAAGAUGCCCAGAU